AUGGUGCUUCUUGCACAUGGAGUGGAAUUCUCCAGGAGGCCUCUGAGGGAGUUGGGAUGGAGAUUGCUGAGCAAGAUGGAAACUCAGAAUCUAAAUGAAGAAGUGCGGGCUACCUCUAAUUCUGUCCGAAUGAAUAUUAUUCUUUGGAAUUGUAGGGGGGCUUUGAACCCUCGUUUUCAUGUCACUUUGAAGAAUUUGAUAGACACCCACUCCCCCUCAAUUGUGAUUGUCACGGAAACACGUGUUGGUGGAGAGAGGGCAAAGGAUAUUACAGAUAGGCUCCCUUUUGAUGGAGCAUUACAUGUUGACACUAUUGGUUACUUUGGUGGUAUCUGGGUGCUUUGGAAGUCUGAUGAUGUUGAAGUUACACAAUUAGCAAAAACUGAACAAGAAAUUCACGUGGUGGUUAAGGUACGUGCUCUUAACUCCUCCUGGUUACUUUCAUCAAUCUAUGCUAGUCCUAGAUUAGAGGAAAGGAAAUUGUUGUGGAAUAAUUUAGCUUCUAUUGCUCCAUUGCAUGAAUUACCCUGGCUAUUGUUGGGUGCUUUUAAUGAGUUAUUAUCUAGUAGGGACAAGCUGGGAGGUAACCCUCUUAAUCUUAGAAGAGUUCAAUUGUUUAAGGAUUGUCUAGACACUUAUGGUAUGGUGGACUUGGGCUUUCAUGGGCCUCAGUUCACUUGGGUCAAUAAAAGGGAGGAGGGUCACUUCAUUCAAGAAAGGUUGGAUAGAGGGUUUGCUAAUGCUGAGUGGAAAAGCCUGCAUCCAAAGGCAGCAAUACACCACUUGGCCCGCACACACUCUGACCAUUGCCCCGUGCUGCUUAAGUUGGAUGAUCAUGGCCCUUCUAAUUUAUGCAGGCCUUUUCGGUUCCAACCCAUGUGGAUGUCUCACUCCCUGUUCCCGGAAGUUGUAACUGACUCUUGGACUGAAGAUGGUCCAUUGAAAUCGAAUGUGGAAAAGUUCAUAGCUGAUGUCAAGAUUUGGAAUAGAGAAGUCUUUGGAGAUAUCUUCCAAAGGAAAAAAAAGAAUAGAGGCUAA